AGGAGGAGGAGGGUUCCGAAGCAGGAAGGAAAGCAGGCAGAGAGGGAAAGGAGGCAGGCUGUGAAUGCUAACAAGCUCCGUCGUAGUCAUACAGCUCCUUAGGUAGGAUUUGAUAAAACGUCUUGCAAUGGAGAGGAACGACGACCACUAUUAAACUCCUACUAUGCGCCAGUGCCGCGUUCGCCCUGUGCGCGUGCAGCAGCCUCACCGUUGUCGGCGCGUUUGAUCAGAAAAACCGUCUUUUUCCGCUGAGUGAAAUGUAUCGCGACUGCUCGGGAUUCACAUUCUGACAAUGGAGAUUGAAAAUAUCGUGGCCAACACGGUUCUCCUGAAGGCAAGGGAAGGUGGAGGAGGGAAGAGGAAUGGUCGCAGUAAGAAAUGGAAGGAGAUGCUGAAACUCCCCCACAUCAGCCAGUGUGAGGAACUACGCCGCACUAUUGAGAGGGAUUACACCAGUCUAUGUGAGAAGCAGCCAAUUGGUCGGCUGUUAUUCCGUCAGUACUGUGACACCAGGCCAGAGCUGAAGCGCUGCAUUGAGUUUAUGGAUGCUGUGGCCAUGUACCAGCUAGCUCCUGACGAGAAGAGGAGGGAGGAGGGACUGAAUGUUUUAGACACAUACUUUAACAAUGGGUCGGCAGCCCAUCUGCCAGACAUACCCCAGGAUGUGGUCGCUGGGUGUCGGGAGAGGCUGGAGCAGAGUCCGUGUAAGGAGCUCUUCAAUGACUGCACCAAAAUAGUUCGUGAUUAUCUGAGUGGAGCUCCAUUUUCCUCCUACCAGGAGUCCAUGUACUUCUCUCGCUUCCUACAGUGGAAAUGGUUGGAGAGGCAACCAGUAACCAAAAAUACCUUCAGACAUUAUAGAGUAUUAGGAAAAGGUGGAUUUGGCGAGGUUUGUGCCUGCCAAGUACGUGCCACCGGUAAGAUGUACGCCUGUAAAAAGCUGGAAAAGAAACGAGUGAAGAAAAGAAAAGGUGAAGCAAUGGCACUAAACGAAAAACGCAUUUUAGAAAAAGUUAACAGUAGUUUUGUAGUUAGUCUAGCAUAUGCCUAUGAGACCAAGGAUGCGCUGUGCCUGGUAUUGACCAUAAUGAAUGGCGGUGACUUAAAGUUCCACAUCUACAACAUGGGCAACUCGGGCUUCGACGAGCAGAGGGCCAUCUUCUAUGCCGCUGAGAUCUGCUGUGGCCUUGAGGACCUGCACCGUGAGAGGAUAGUCUACAGGGAUUUGAAACCUGAAAACAUCCUUUUGGAUGAUCGUGGACACAUCAGAAUUUCAGACCUGGGUCUUGCUGUUCAGAUCCCUGAAGGAGAGACGAUACGAGGGAGAGUGGGCACCGUUGGAUACAUGGCUCCUGAGGUGAUCCAGAACGAGAGCUACACUAUCAGCCCGGACUGGUGGGGGCUGGGCUGCCUGAUCUUUGAGAUGAUACAGGGCCAGUCUCCAUUCCGCAAACGCAAGGAGCGCGUCAAGAGAGAGGAGGUGGACAGACGAGUGCGUGAGGACCAGGAGGAGUAUUCUGAUAAGUUCUCAGAGGAGGCGAAGGACAUCUGCAGACAGCUCCUGGCCAAGAACCCCAAGGAUCGAUUGGGUUGCCAGGGUCAGGGAGCCAUAGAGGUCAAGCAGCACCCUAUCUUCAAAAACAUCAACUUCAAACGGCUGGAGGCCAACAUGCUGGACCCUCCCUUCAGCCCCGAUCCUCGGGCCGUGUACUGUAAAGAUGUCCUGGAUAUUGAGCAGUUCUCCACUGUCAAAGGCGUGAACCUUGACCCCACAGACGAUGACUUCUACCACAAGUUUGUCACAGGCAGUGUCUCCAUCCCAUGGCAGAACGAGAUGAUUGAGAUGGAGUGCUUCAAGGAAAUCAACGUCUACGAGACUGACGGAACGCUGUGCUCCGACCUGGACAUGAAUCGGCCUAAUCCUCCACCAAAGAGAGGCUUCUUUUACCGUCUGUUCAGAAGAGAGGCAAGUUCUAGUGCUCCGCCAACUGUCCGAGGGGGUGGGGGCUAAGGUUUGUUUUAAGGGCGGUUACAGUGACGACGAGACGGAAGAGCCCUCUCGACUUUAAACCACUCCCUCCACCCGCCUCUUCCUCCCCCCUCGCCGCUGAACUUCACCACAAACUCCGACAGAGCGCAAAUCUUAAUAACUCAGUGAAUGUUGAUCUGUAUUUAUGAGCUGUAUUAAAAGUGUAUUAUAAUUAAAGAAAAAAGUAUGAGUUUAAA